AUGUUGGGCACCUACAAAAUCCCUCAGACAUCCUUUACAUGCUCCUACACCAAGGAUGCCUUUUCCAUAAAAUUCUGGAGACGGUGCAAAGAGAGAGAAGAACUGGAGACUCUGCCCCAGGAGAUAAUUGGUCGGAUCCUGUCUCGGGACAACUAUUUCAUUUACAACACCAUCUGGGCUGUGGCCCGAGCCUUACAUGCAGCCUAUUUAUCCAGAUCGAAGAGGACAAAGAUCAAAGGUGGGAAGAACUUGGAGACUCCAAGUCUGAAAGCUUGGCAGCUUCAUCCCUUCUUUCAAAAUUCUCAGUUUUACAAUAAUUCCAUAGAAGGGGUCUAUUUGGAUGAGAAGGGAGAGCUGGCCUCAGACCUGGACAUUGUGAACUGGGUGAUUUUCUCCAAUAUGUCUGUCAGCAAAGUGAGGUUUGGGAGUCUGGAAAGACAAGAAUCCCAAGAUGUCACAUUCAUGAUCAACCCGAAUGGGAUUGCAGAGAUGGAAGGGCUGAACAAGAUCGCCAUCCAAGAGAUCAACCAGAGUCCCCUGUCCUUACCCAAUAUCUCCCUGGGCUACACCAUCCAUGACAAUUAUUUUGACCCAAGAAUGACUUCAGAGGUUCUGUUGGACCUGCUUUCAGUUGGGGAGGCCAAUGUUCCAAAUUACAGUUGUGGAGAUAAGAAAAACAUAUUGGUUGUUCUUGAAGGGACCGACUCUGACUACUCAAUUCAGAUUUCAACCAUGCUGGGCAUCUACAAAAUUCCACAGACAGUCCCUAAAGAAGGGGUCCAAUACCUGGGAAUUAUCAAAUUGCUGCAGCAUUUCAAGUGGACAUUGAUUGGUCUUAUUGUUGCUGACACUGACAACGGAGAGCAGUUCAUCAGAACUUUUAAGCCAGUGCUCAUCCAGAAUAAUAUUUGUGUUGUUUUCUCCCAAACCAUCUCACUAGAUAUUGAAAAUCUGGAGCUUGAUGCCAGAUUUGCAGAUGAUGCUUUUCUAUGUUCAUACGCAAAGCAUCCCUUGGCUGUGAAAGGCUGGACCAGAUGCCGAGAGAAGGAGAAAGUGGAAAUCCUGCCCCAAGGAGUGGUUGAAAGGAUCUUGGCUGUGGACACUUACAACAUCUACAGUGCUGUGUGGGAUGUUGUGACCUCCAUAAAUGCUGCAUAUUCAUCCAGAUCCAAGAGAAUGGUCAUGAAGCACAAGAAGAGGUUAGAAGGUGAAAAGCUGCAGCCAUGGCAGCCCCUGCCUCCCUCCAGGUGUGUGGAAAGUUGUCAGUCCGGAUUCAUGAAGGUGGCUCAGGAAGGGAAACCCACCUGCUGCUACGACUGCAUUCCUUGUGCAGAAGGGACCGUCUCCACCUUGGAAGAUGCAGAACAAUGCACCCAAUGUUCCAAAGAUCAACAUACAAACAAAUAUCGAAAUCAGUGUAUCCCUAAAAAAGUGAAUUUCCUCUCCUACAAAGACUAUGUGGGGAUUAUCCUGGCUUCCAUUGCCAUGUUUUUGGCCUUAACCACAGGCUUUGUUUUAGGAAUCUUCAUUAAAUUCCUAGAAACUCCCAUAGUCAAAGCCAACAACCGGGACCUCUCCUAUAUCCUCCUUGUAUCCAUCCUGCUUUCCUUCUUGACCACCUUCCUCUUCAUUGGCCAGCCAAGGAAAGCCACCUGCCUUCUCCAACAAACAGCCUUCAGCAUCAUCUUCUCAGUUGCCGUCUCUUCUGUCUUGGCCAAAACAAUCAUGGUGGUGUUGGCUUUCUUGGCCACAAAGCCAGGGAACAGAGUGAGGAGAUGGCUGGGGAGGAGCUUGGCCAAUUCCAUCAUCCUUUGUUGUUCCAGUAUCCAGGUUAUCAUUUGCUCUAUCUGGUUGGGAGUCUCUGCCCCAUUUCCUGCUUCUGACAUGCAAUCUCAUCUGGGAGAAAUUGUUCUGAAAUGCAAUGAAGGCUCUAUUGCCAUGUUUUAUACUGCUCUUGGCUACAUGGGCUUCCUGGCUGCCAUCUGCUUCACGGUGGCUUUCCUGGCCAAGAACCUGCCUGGGGCCUUCAAUGAAGCCAAGCUGAUCACCUUUAGUAUGCUGGUCUUCUGCAGUGUCUGGGUGUCCUUUGUCCCCACCUACCUGAGCACCAAGGGGAAGUAUAUGGUGACCGUGCAGAUCUUCUCCAUCCUGGCCUCCAGUGCUGGCUUGCUGGGAUGCAUCUUUUUCCCCAAAUGCUACAUUAUUAUCCUAAGGCCUGAUCUGAAUACAAAGGAGCUUCUAACAACAGCAAGAAAAGUAAAAAUCUAA